AUGCAUCUCGAGCUUGCUGGAGACCUUUCUUCAAUCGCUUUCAUCGCUGCUUUCAAACGUUUUACUAACCGGAGAGGUUACUGUCAGCACAUUUACUCUGAAAACGACACUAACUUUGUGGAUGCUGAAAAGGAAUUACGAUUAGCCUAUGAACGCUGCAUUCGCGAUGAAAGAGUGUCAUCAUAUUUCGCAAACGCCCAAAUAUUUUGGCAUUUCAAUCCUCCAAGCGCCCCUCACAUGGGUGGCUUCUGGGAGGGUGGUAUAAAACGUAUCAAAUAUCAUCUUAAGCGGGCCCUAGAUACUUCGCUUCUAACUUACGAAGAAUUUGCAACAGUACUGACUGAAGUUGAAGCCUGUGUAAACUCGCGUCCUAUUUGCUUUAUUCCUACAAAUGUUAAUGACUUUGAAGUCCUCACUCCUGGACACUUCGUGAUUGGCGAACCUCUAAAGGGACUACCCGACCCUGACGUUGAGGUCUUCAAAGGAACUAUAUUUCAACGCUGGCAAAUCAUUGUGCCAAUUAGACAGCACUUCUGGAAUCGAUGGCGAGACGAGUAUCUUGUCAGUCUUCAACGUCGUUCGAAAUGGAUACGUUCAACGCCGAGUUUGCAGAAAGAUGAUAUCGUUAUCAUACAUGAGGGCAACGUGCCCCCAACUAAAUGGAAGCUUGGCCGUGUUAUUGGCACUUCCCCAGAGACGGAUGGUCAAGUUCGGGUUGUAAAUGUGAAGACAUCCGAAGGAGAGCUGUUAAGGCCCGUGAUCAAGCUAUCGCUACUACCAACAAAGGGGGACAUAUUUUCUAUAUGA